AGAACCACGCCUUCUGCAACAUUCACUUAUUUUUCUUUCUCUGCACAGCAACAGUUAUUUAUUCGUGCUGUGUUGAAAGACGUUUUAAAAAAUAUAUAGAUUUAGAUUUAGCAGGAACGCCUAGCUUUAAACAUGGGGGUAACCAGAUUAACGCGUCAUAUGUUUUUAUGGAGUAUGGCAAUUAUUUACAUGUUUGCUUUUGCAUCCCUCUAUGUCCAGAUACCAGGUCUCUAUGGCAAUGAGGGGGUCCUGCCUGUGCGCCUGGUGGAGCCCCGUGUGAACGGCUCCAGACCAGUGUUGGAGCAGAUACAUGCCCACCCCUCCCUGCUGUGGCUGGGGCCCCGGCUGGGUCUGGACCUGGACGCCCAGCAGGCAAUGGAGCUGCUCUGCCUGGCGGGGGCGCUCUUAGCCCUGGGAGCAGCCUUACUGGAGCCCCUCCGAGACAGCCUGGUGUUCUUCUGCCUCUGGGCCCUCUACCUCUCCCUCUGUCAGGUGGGUCAAGACUUUCUGCGUUUUCAGUGGGACAGCCUGCUGUUGGAGGCGGGCUUCCUGACCGUGCUCGUCGCGCCGCUCAACCUCCUGCGGUGCGCGACGUUCCGUCAUCAUGACGCCGUGACCUUCUGGCUGGCACGCUGGCUCCUGUUCCGCCUCACCUUUGGCUCCGGGGUCGCCAAACUGGCCAGCCACUGCCCCAGCUGGUGGGGGCUCACUGCGGUGAACCACAUGUUUGAGGCCCAGGGCAUCCCCCUGCCCUGGUCCUGGUUCAUCCAGCAGCUGCCAGACUGGUACCUGAAGCUGGGGACUGUCGGUCUGUUGGUGACAGAGAUCGCUGUGCCCCCCCUCUACUUUGCCCCCAUCCGCAGCCUCCGACUGGCAGCCUUCUACAUUCAGGCAACAUACCAGGUGAAGUUGAUGUUCUUGGGGAACUAUGGCUUCCUCCCCCUUCUCUCCCUGGCUCUGACUUUCUCCCUGUUGGACGACGACCAUAUCAGCUACUGGCUGGGCCACGGCAAGAAGAAGAGAACCAAGACCUGGCCCCAAACCAUAAUGUCAUUGCUGGUUGUACUGGCUGUAUUUGCUGUCAUCAUCUAUGGAACUAAAGUGCUCUUCACACUGGAGAUCGACUGGGAUGCCAGGACUAUAACCUCCAAAACCGCCUUCACCCAGCAGCAGUUUGGCAAUUUGUUGAAGCUUGUGACAGGACCCACUAUCUGGGUAGGAGUUCUCUCUCUCACCUGGGAGGUGGUGGCAGCCAUGCUGGGGUGUGUGUGUGUUAGAGGGUGCCUCUGGAAGCUCUGGGGCCUCGUCCAAUGGGCUGUCUUUGCCUCUGCUGCAGUCGCCGUGUUUGCUAUCAGUGUGGUGCCCUACUCUUCCAUGGAACAGGUGUACAGCAGUAAAAUCCUACCGGAGGUGAGACAGGCCUACAGCCUAGUGGAGCGCUACAGACUGGUCAGUGCCUACAGCCUGGACAGCAGGAUGACAGGGGUGGCCGGGAGGUCAGAGGUCAUCCUAGAGGGCAGCAUGGACAAGAACACCUGGACGGAGAUAGAGUUCAUGUACAAGCCGGGGAACGUGGGCGUGGCCCCUCCAGUGGUGGCCCCCCACCAGCCACGGUUAGACUGGCAGAUGAGCCAGGCAGCCCAGGGACUGGCCAAACAGAGCUCCUGGUUUACAGGCCUAGUGCACUGCCUACUGCAGGGAAAUAAGGAUGUGGUGAGACUGAUCCAGACAGACUCAGCCCAAUACCCAUUCAGCCAGGCUCCCCCGGUCUACCUCCGAGCCAGCCUCUACCGGUACUGGUUCACCCAGACCACACAGGACGGGUCUGGUCCUAAUGAAUGGUGGAGGAGAGACUAUGCAGAGGAGUUCUAUCCUGCAGUGCAGCUGGGUGACCCUGCCCUGGAGGCCAUGCUCAACCAGCACGGACUCAAGGAGAAGUUCCCGAUCCAGCCCAGUCCUGACUCUCCUCUGGCCCAGGUUCUGAGGCAGGUGCGGGGCCACGUUCAGACUCUACCCGGCCACCUGGUGCUCUGGUCCCUCCUGGCCACUGUCGCCACCAUCUGGCUCCUCAAAACCCUGCUCUCCGGGGUCCUGGGGGGCCGAAAGGCUAAACCCACCCCAGCCGAACCCAAGGCCAAGAAGGCUAAGGACCAGUCAGCAGAGAAGAGUGCCUCGGCCUCCAGUCUCAAAGCAGGGAGGGAGAACUCUGAGGAGAGUAGACGGGAUGCUGACAAGAGCCCUAAGAAGAGGAAGUGAUGCGGGACUGUUGCCAUGGGACUGCCUGUUACGUUCUUGUUGUUGCCCCUUGUCUCGGGAUGGAGGGCGAAGAGAAGGGGUGUUACCUACAUGUAAAUCUCAGGUGUUUCUACAGUAACUGCCAAUCCGACCAGCUCUGUGACUCGGAGACCACCACUGUGGCCUUUUAUUCAGUCAGUUCUCAUCUGUCUCUCACACACACACAAACACACACGCGCGUAUACUGUACAUACACAAGCAAAAACCGUCUAUCUUCUCUGUGCCUCCUUCCGUCACCAUAUUCUCAGGUCCGCCUAUGGAUGACUCUUCAGACAUGCCAGCGGGUGAGUCCCUGACAUUACAGUUCAGUGGUGCUUUUACAUGAGCUAUUUUCGUGCUUUGCCAUGUUCUUCAGGGAACACUUUAUCUGAAUUCUGGGAAUGCAUUGAUACAUUUUAACGGUUGUUGUCCAACAGCUGUUUAAUCUUGUGCUAUAUCUUUGAUGUGAUAUUCAGGGUCCACAGUCGUGCUAGGCUGAGUGCAGUUAUUGUACCUCAGUGAACCCUUUUCGUGGACCGCUGAGAUCAGUUUUACUGUAUCAGGCAGACUUUUUUUUAUUUUUUAAUGUCAAGUUGUCAAGUGGUUCCAUCUUUUGAUAUCAAUACCCAGGCCCUCUAUCCCGACCACGAGAAACUGUAUAGCGACAUCGUCACGAAUACUGUAUUCUGGGAGCUUUGUCCUGCUAAACCCUUUGCCUUAGAAAUCUGCAGAUUGCUGUUCUUAACUUCAAAAACCCUUUUGUCGCAUUCUUUUGAACAGCUUAAAAUGCAUAACUGCUACUAACAAAUCUCUACAUUCCACAUCUGUGUAUAUUUGAGACGUAGUAUUACUUAAGCUUUGUGUAUUAGGUUGAAGCACUACUGCAAAAUGACUGGGCUUUAAGGAGAAAUUCCAAGCCCUUUGGUGCUAUUCAAUCUGUAUCGCUAAAUCAUUACAGAUUGCGUGAUAAAAAUGGAAAGAUACUUUUUGCUGGUCAGUGUUUUUAUUCUUGACUGUAUGUUGAAACUGAACACUUAGAUUUGACAAGUAAACUACAGAUGAAAAAGACAAACAUUCCGUGCUUGUCAGAAACCUGACUUUCUAUCUAGGUGACAGGUGUGCUUGUGUCCAAUACCAUACUAACAGGUCUGUAUGUUAUGUGACGGAGUCUGUGGCUUGGAGCUUCAAGCCUUUAUAGUGAUUCGACCCGGGCUGAUUGUUCCAAUGACCAACAGGUGGUGCUCUUUGUGUUUCUGCAUUUCUUCAUGGCAAAUGUACAGAGACAUGUUCAGUGUGAAAGAGCCAGUGACUCUCUGGUAAGGAUCUCACCAAUGAAGUAUGGGGUUGUAGGGUCAGCUCCUGAGUGUGGCUGUGUUGGUAGAUGUCAUGGGGGUGAAUCGCUGGGGUCACCUAUAAAGAGUAGUAGCAGUUAUGGGGAAAAACCCCUGGGGGGAUAAAGCGGGCACUUCGUUUUAAAAAUAUAUUCUCAUUUAAACAAAGUGCUUAAUUACGGUAGUUUUCCCUCUAUAACCACUGCUAUUUGCUGUCUGUGAGUCACGGGGGGAACCCCAAGAAUUUACCCUGUCUGCUUAUGUUAUCACACCCUUCCUUAUGAGGAAGCCACUCCAAGUGGCCUUGACUCACUGACCUGCAGAGUCCUCAGUAGGCAACAAUGCCCCAGAGUUCAAACCUACAAACCCAUGCUUAUGGGGCGAGAUCAUGACACCAGAGCCAGACUCAUUCAUGCUUAUGCUUUGCUUCAUAAUUUGACACUGAGAGUUUGGUUGAUAUGUAUAUUUGGCUGUGGUUAAACAUUUUGUUGAGUGUGUAGGUUGGAUGAAUGGAAAGGUUUGCUUAAGCUUUGCUUCAAACGUUUUAUCAACAAAGACGGUUGCAUCUGGUUAUCUCCGUUUCAUACUAUUAAAGAUUUGAAAUUGUGGGUAAA